AGGCACUCGAGCAAAGCAGAGAAGGUAAAGCAUUUCUAGAAUUUGGAUUCUGAAAGUUUAGCAAAGUCCAGAUUCCUCAGAAUGCCGAUUUCUAGUAUUGCAGUGGGACACCCGGCUGAGUUCGGGAGCGUCGACGCUCUCAGAGCAGCUCUUGCUGAGUUUAUCUCCGUCCUCAUCUUUGUUUUCGCUGGCUCGGGUUCAGGCGUAGCUUUCGCCGAGCUCACUAACAAUGCAUCAACAACACCCGCCGGCCUUAUAGCCGCGGCCGUGGCCCACGCCUUUGCCCUUUUCGUGGCGGUUGCCAUAGCUGCAAACAUCUCCGGCGGUCAUGUUAACCCCGCUGUCACAUUCGGUGCCUUCCUUGGCGGCAACAUCACUCUCGUAAGGAGUAUCUUGUACUGGAUUGCCCAGCUGCUCGGAUCCGUUGUUGCUUGCUUGCUCCUCAAGGUUGCAACCAAUGGAAUGACUAUCUCUGCUUUCUCCCUGUCGACUGGUGUUGGAGUAUGGAACGCAUUGGUGCUCGAAAUCGUGAUGACCUUCGGUUUGGUCUACACCGUGUACGCAACUGCCAUCGACAAAAGGUCCGCCGGAAACAUCAGCAUAAUUGCACCAAUUGCCAUUGGUUUCAUUGUUGGUGCUAACAUCUUGGUCGGUGGUGCUUUCGAUGGUGCUUCAAUGAACCCAGCAGUCUCCUUCGGACCCGCUGUCGUCAGCUGGUCCUGGGAAAACCACUGGGUAUACUGGCUCGGCCCAUUCCUUGGUGCCGCCAUUGCUGCCCUCAUCUACGACUGGAUCUUCAUCGGCCCAGCCACCCACGAGCCACUACCCACCACAGACUACUCCUAAGCCACUGUGACGCUUCCACUCUCGGUUCAAGUGAUGAAAUCGGUUUUUGAAUUUUAGUCUUUCUUUUUUUUUUUCCUUGGUGAAGUGGGUGGGUUUGUUGAUGUUUGCAUUUGGCUGUUGUUAAUUGUUGAUUCCAAUGAAACUUUGUAUUGUUCUGUUUCUGUUCA